UUUUCUAACCUAAAAAUUUGGAUGAUGUCAAAAACAGACAAGAUUGUUAUAUAUUUUAAUUGUAAAGCAUCUGUGAUUACAAAUACUAUUAAUAGUUAUAUUAUUUAAAAUUUUACACAAAAGUUUAAUGAAGUUCUAUAAUAAAAAAAAUGGAUUCUGUGUCAAAAAUAAAUGUUCACGAAAAGAUAUUAGGUUUAAUCAACAAAAUAAAACAUGGUGAAAUUGAAGGCACUUAUGAAAUUGUUGUAGCCACUGUUUCAACAUUAAAAGAAGUGAUAAACAAUACAGAAUGGAAAACUGCACAAUCUGUUAUGGAUUUAGUAAAAUUAAAUGGAAAACAUCUAAUUAAUGGAGUACCACUAGAAACAUGUAUUGGAAAUAUGAUUCGACGUAUAUUACAUAUAAUAAGAGAGGAAUAUUCUGCUGAAUUAAAAAAUAAGACAGAAGAAACUGAUCCUCAAGAAUCACUUCAUAAAAUUAUUACUUCAAAAAAUGAACAUGAUAUUGAUUUCAAUAUUUCUGUGCCGUUUCUUAAAGAAGCUCUCGUAGAACAUAUUAAUGAAUUUGAAGUUGAAUUAGAAACAUGUUAUGAAAAUAUUACGCAACAAGCUUCGGAGCACAUUCACUCUAGUGAAAUUAUAUUGACAAUUGGUCGAUCAAGACUAGUAGAAGAAUUUUUUAAGAAAGCUGCUAAAACCAGAACAUUUGAAGUAAUUGUUGCUGAAGGUGGUUCUGAUUUAAACGGUCAUCAAAUGGCAGUGAACCUCGCGAAAGUAAACAUUAAAACGACAUUAAUUUCAGAUGCGGCAAUUUUUGCAAUGAUGUCGCGUGUUAAUAAAGUUAUUGUAGCAACACAUACAGUUAUGUUGAAUGGUGGACUUAAAGCAACAUCAGGAACAUAUACAGUUGCACAAGCUGCAAAACAUUAUUACGUACCAGUUAUGGUUCUUUUACCACUUUAUAAACUUUCACCUGAAUAUUUGUGUCUAUAUGAGCAAGAAGGAUUCAAUAAAUACCUUUCUCCUAGUCAAGGUGUUAUUCCCAUUGAUAAUAUUCAACUUAUGGAUAAAAUUCGCGCCUAUAAUCCUGCCAUUGAUUAUGUACCUCCUGAACUUGUCACAUUAUUUAUUUCAAAUACCGGUGGAAAUGCUCCCUCGUAUAUCUACAGAUUACUCAGCGAAUUAUAUCAUCCGGAUGACUAUGAACUAUGACGAUCACUUAAAGAUUUUAUUGAAUCAAAUUUUUGAGAAUAUUUAUCUGUACAUUAAAAAUGCUCAUUAGCAUUUUGUAUUAAGUUUUUAUAAAUAAAGUCUCGAAAAUUUAA